AUGUCGGAUGAGCCCACCGUCGAUUUUCUGUCCCAAAAAAUUGAGGAACCUCGAGAAAUCCGGCGAAGGACAUGCAAAGAUUCGUCUUCAAUCAGUCGUUUACCAGACGAAAUCAUCCUCCUAAUAUUAAACAGAUUAAUCGAUUUGAAAACCCUAUGUUUUUGCUAUCUGGUUUCCAAACGUUUCUCCUCGAUUGUAGUUCAAGUCGAUGCCAUUUCCUUCGCUUCUCCAGUCUUAAACCCUCACAUUUCCGAUAAGAACACCAUCAGUGAUGUCUCCCCAAGUAGGUCGUUUCUGCGCAUGAUUUCGUCGUUAUACGUUUGUGAUAAGGAUGGAUUAUGUGUUAAUGGAAAUGGGGAUGAAGAAGAAAGCGUCGAGUUAAUCGGUGAUUUGUUGAAGAACAAACAUGUCAUUUCGUUUCAGUGUCUGCAGGAUAUCAUGGCAUGGCAUGUGAUGUUGUUGUACCUCGUUAAUGAUCUACCCAUGUUGGAAGAGGUAUCCAUUAGCGAUUCAGGGAGAAGAGGGAGGCUUUCUCUAAGUGGGAAAGAACUCAGUGAGGUUAAGGAAUGGGUACAUUCAGCUUCGGAAACUGUGCUCAAUCGUGUAAAUGUUCCUACUAUAAUGCGGAACUGUUAUUUUUCGGUUUUGAAAUUGCCAGUUUCAGGGUAUGUGAUGAAGGGGAUCUAUUUUUGUGUAAUGGAGAUGAAAGAUAUCGAGGGUGGAAAUGAGUUUCUUAUGAGCAGUGAAAAUGGUGGUUUUGAAGAUAAAGAAGAGUCUGCAUAUACUGAAGCUAUGAUGGAGAUUUUGAAGAAGUAUAAAGGCAUGAUGCUUACUCAGAACCUGUCGUGGAACCUUAAUGAGGAAGCUGGGCAACAUGGUAGGUUACAGUUUCGAAUUUUAGAGCCAUAAAAACUUUUGGAUGCACAAAACUUGCUUGUUGGUUUUUUAAUUGAAUGUAAUGAAGUCUUGCUGCUUUGUUAUAAAUGUUAGUUUGAAAAUUGUAGAUUUUGAUCAAUUA